AGACGCACAUGUACCCAAACCCUGCCAAAUUACGCGUUUUCUAUCCCGACGCGUGCCCCAGCGACACGUGCCCCCCGUGCGGAGACACGACAACACUCACACACAUGCUCCAGGAGUGCAGAAACGCUAUUGCCGACUCUGCCUCGGACAAGUGGGUCAAGUCCCUCAGAAGCUCACUACUCGCCGACCAGCAAUGGGUCGUUCAGUAGGCCCGCGAAGCGGCUGCGAGGUACUCCCCAUCGUUCCCUACGUGGGAGACGCCCGCUACGUGAUAAGCGCGUCCUGCAGGACCCCAAUAGAGUUUUCCAGUCCAGUCAGAUAGCUGCCUCAUGCAGGCGGAAUAUUGGCCUAUCCCCUUUAGUGGGUGCGGGCCAUGGCAGAGGUUUAUCAUCAUCCUCAUCAAACCAUGGCCUAUCCCCUACAGCGGGUUUGUGCCACAGAGGCCUCAUCAUCAUCAUCAUCGCCGACCUAAGCCUAACCAAGUUCGACGCAGCCGCUCGGUCAUAACGCCGGCUGCCGUUGUUGAGAUGGGUGUCGAGUUGUCGCGAGCGAGGAGCGGCCUUCGCGAGCUAAGGCGGAUGAAAUGGGAUCCCGAUCGAGAAGCCGCACCGCUCAAGACGCUCUACGAGCUGCUCGCGUACGAGGAGCAGCCCCUCCUCUGCGCCGUGGAACCGCUGUCAGACGCCAUCAAGCACGGUAAGCCUGGGGAUCCGAGGACCAUCUUCUGCCACGACAUGGGUGGCGGUUACAACGAGGACAGGUUCAUCCAUGGCUGUCAUGAGCGGCACGUGUACCGAUUCCACCACUGGCAGAUUAUCGACACGUUCAUCUAUUACUCCCACCACAUGGUCACGAUUCCUCCUCCGGGCUGGAUUUCGGCUGCCCACAGGCAUGGCGUCAAAGUUCUAGGAACUUUCAUCUUAGGCAAGGACGAUGGCAUAAAUAUUGAUAUGAUCAAACGCCUGGAUCUCGUGCCCCAGGUUGCAGCCCAGCUAGCACAUGUUGCAUCCGUGGGCCGGUUUGAUGGAUGGCUAAUCAGCAUCGGCUGCGAAGUAGGGAGAUGGUUUUUGCCGCGCAGCAGCGUUCCAGUACUGACGGAGUUGCUUAAGGCCGUCACCACAGAAGUACACAAAGCUGUGCCUGGCUCCCUUGUCAUCUGGUACGACGCUGUCGACGCCAACGGAAAGGCCAAGCCACACAACGAACUCAACGAAAAAAACUCGUGCUUUCUCGACUUAUGCGAUGGCAUCUUCCUCAACUUCCAGUGGACUGAAGCCAUGCUCCAGAGGUCGGCACAACUCGCAGGCAGCCGCAAAGCCGACGUCUACGCUGGUGUUGACGUGUACGCGCGCGACACGGCGUAUCCUGGUGGCUUCGACAUGUACAAGGUAGUUCGGCAUUUAGCGCGGAUUCCGAUUCUGUUCUGACAGGAGCCAUAUGUUUUUCAGUAAGGUGAAGCGGUAAACAAGUUCAGUGCUGUUCAUGGACUAGAGCUCAAUAAGUUAAUGCUAAACCGAUGUCUCGUUAAGCGUCUCACAAGUGUCUUCUAUAGCGAUAGAAACAUCUGGACAGUUUGGACAUGAGUGCUUGCUUGCUCUCCUGUCCUUUCGUGUGCUUUUGAUGGAACAAGAGAGAAACUACACAUUUUAUGUAGAUUUAUGUGGAUUUACAGCACCGUGUGUGUCCCGUCCUCUAGUCUG